GGAGAAAUGUCGAUGCUGUGCAUUUCCUUUUUGAGUCACUGUAUGUCGUCGGCGCUGCAGCUUAGGAUCCGACAUGAUAUUGGGUUACAGCCACCCUUCUGUACGCCUGGCAUUACAGGCCACCUCGUCAGAGAGUGUUUAUCAACGUCCAGCCUAGUACCUGACGCUAUUUGGAUAGGGCUUCACAUGCCUUCGCCAUGUUGGGAUGCCAUCUUUCGAUUUUGACUAGUCUGCUUCAGUCACCCCGUUAUCUCUCCUGGACCGAAGCUGGCUCGGCGCUUGAACCUGU